AUGCGUGUAUCUAACUACAUACUACUGUUGACUGCUGUGUUGACCCCACAAGCCACUGCAGCCCCAAGCUCUAACGAAAGCUCGACUUAUCUCCCUGCAGUUGAUCUAGGCUAUGAACUCCACCGCGCCAUCUGGCAUAACCUCGACACCGACCUCUACAAAUUCCAAAACGUCCGCUACGGCCGGUCCCCUACCGGUAAACUCCGCUUCCGCGCCCCUCGACCCCCUCUUGAGACCCGCACGGUUGUUCAGACCGGCGCCGGAACACGCAUAUGCCCGCAAGGUCAGCCCCAAUGGCAGGCCAAGACGCUAAUGGCCAUCGGCAAGUACUCGAACCCGACAGUGCCCUUUACCUUGGAGGGCUGGGUCGAGGCAAUCGAGAAUGGGACGGUGCCGCCGGGGAAUAUCAAUGCAAAUGCAACUGAGGACUGUCUGUUGCUGGAUGUAUAUGUUCCCAGGAAGGUGCUCAAGGCAGCGGGAACGGGGGAUAAGCAGGGUGUGCCGGUGCUUGUAUUCAUCCAUGGCGGCGGCGGCGUCUUCGGCUCUAAAGACGGCUCUGGGCCCACCCUCUUUGAACCCUCGGGCAUCCUGGCACAGGCCCAAUCUGCCUUUAACCAGGACUUCGUCUUCGUCACCCUCAACUACCGUCUCGGCGCCUUUGGCUGGCUUAACAGUGCUGAGGUGCUUGCCGACGGUGACGCCAACGCGGCCCUCCUUGACCAGCGCUUCGCCCUCCAGUGGGUUCAGGAUAAUAUUCACUUGUUCGGCGGGUCCAAAGACCACGUGACGAUUAUGGGAGAGUCUGGGGGUGCAAGCUCGGCUCUUCGUCACUUGAUUGCUGCUGGUGAGGAUAAGAACCAGCAGGGUGCUUCGUGUAUGCCGACGAAGAAACUGUUCCAGCAGGUUAUCUUGCAGAGUCCGGCUGAUGUGCCCGUGGCGACCAGCAACCCAGAUGAGCUCUAUGACGGGUUCCUCUCCAUCCUCCAAGCUGGCAACCUAGAUGCUGUCAGGUCUAUGCCCUCCGCUGCCGUCAUCGCCGCCAACGCCGCCCAGGUCGCGGCCUUUCCCCACACAAAUUAUGUUCAUGCCCCCAUCGUCGACUCAGACACCUCGUUCGGUCCCGUGAUCGAAUCCUUGCAGGAAGGGAAGUUCGAUAAAUCAGUGAAAGUGAUGGCCGCGCACAACAUCUUCGAGGGCGGGUUCUUCUUUGAUCCGAGUGUAAAGACAGAUGCCAACUUUGAUAAGUGGUUGGAGAGGUCGUUCCCGGGGCUGGAUGUGAAGCAGAGGCAGGAGUUGGCGAAGGAAAUCUAUCCACCUGCGUAUGAUGGGUCGGUGGGGUAUGUGGACAUGAAUACCAGACAAAUGAGAGUGUGGGGUGAGUCAGCCAUUGACUGUGCCUUCAACGCCAUCAGCCAGGCUACUAAGGACAAGAGCUACGCUUACGAAUUUGGUGUCUCCCCUGGUUUCCACAUCCAGGACCUCUCCUACACCUUCGGCACUCCCGCCACCGCCAUGCGCCCGUCUCAAAAGUCUCUUCAACUCGCCAUCGCCAGCUUUGUCCUGAAGGGGGUGCCAGUCCUGGAGAACGGGAAGGAGUUCCCUAUCUUCGGUGACGAGGGUCUACUGGUAAAUAUUACAGCUGCUGGAGCUAUUUCUUCAGUGCCGAAUAGUGUCAAUCAGACCAGGUGCUUUUAG